UAUUUGCAAAUGCAUAUGACUUUGCACACCAGUUUAAAGGCUAAUACUCUCUGUGGUGGGCCAGGCUCAGCUCAGGAAGGAAGCCCUGCCCGAAAAGGCUGCAGCCUAGGCUGUCUGUCACUUUUUCUUCACUCAGCCCAGCAUCCGAUCACAUCUUCUGUCACUCAGGGCCUGAGAGGGUGGGGUUUCAAACGUUAUUCAAUCAGCGACGCUGGGCUGGGAACCGUCCAAUCAGGCACGCAGCUGGAGCGGACCGGAAGGUUUCGGGAAUGUGGCGCGGCCUUUGUCUCUUGCUGCUGGAGCUCCAGGUCUCAUCUUCACUUCGCUGUGUCCUCUGCUCCUAGAGUACCAGCCUCUAUGGUCCUGCGACCUGAAGGUAUUGGGAGUUCCACAGCUACGACGCCGGGACCCCCUGGAACCCUAGAAAUGGAGACUCUGACAUUUAGGGAUGUGGCCAUAGAAUUCUCUCUGGAGGAGUGGCAAUGCCUGAACCCUGCUCAGCAGAAUUUAUAUAGAAAUGUGAUGUUAGAGAACUACAGAAACCUGGUCUUCUUGGGUAUUACUGUCUCCAAGCAAAACCCGAUCACCUGUCUGGUGCAAAGAAAAGAGCCCUGUAACAUGAAGAGACAUGAGAUGGUGGCCAGACCCAAAGCUAUGUGUUCUUAUUUUCCCAAAUACCUUUGGCCAGAGCAAGACAUAAAAGAUUCUUUUCAACAAGUGAUACUGAGAAGAUAUGGAAAAUGUGGACCUGAGAAUUUACAGUUAAGAAAAGGCUCUGCAAGUGUGGUGGAUGAGUGUAAGGUGCACAAAGUUUAUAAUGGACUCAACCAGUGUUUGACAACUACACAGAGCAAAAUAUUUCAAUGUGAUCAAUAUGUGAAAGUCUUUCAUAAAUUUUUAAAUUCAAAUAGACAUAAUAUAAUACAGACUAGAAAGAAACCUUUCAAAUGUGAAAAAUGUGACAAAUCAUUUUGCAUGCUUUUACACCUAAGUCAACAUCAAAGAGUUCAUACUGGGGAGAAUUUUUACCAAUGUGAAGAACAUGGGAAAGCCUCCAAGUGGUUCUCAACCAUUACUAGACGCAAGAGAAUUCAUAUUGGAGAGAAACCCUUCAAAUGCAAAGAAUGUGGCAAAGCUUUUAAGCAUUCCUCAACCCUUAUUACACAUAAAAGAAUUCAUACUGGAGAGAAACCCUACAAAUGUAAAGAAUGUGGCAAAGCCUUUAAUGAGCCUUCAAACCUUACUACACAUAAGUUGAUUCAUACCGGAGAGAAACCCUACAAAUGUGAAGAAUGUGGCAAAGCCUUUAACCAGUCCCCACUACUUACUGCACACAGGAUAAUUCAUAGUGGAGAGAAACCUUACAAAUGUGAAGAAUGUGGCAAAGGCUUUAACUGGUCCUCAACCCUUACUAAACAUAAAAGAAUUCAUACUGGAGAGAAACCCUACAAAUGUGAAGAAUGUGGCAAAGCCUUUAAUGAGUCUUCAAACCUUACUACACAUAAGAUGAUUCAUACCGGAGAGAAACCUUACAAAUGUGAAGAGUGUGGCAAAGCUUUUAAUCGGUCCUCAAUCCUUACUACACAUAAGAGAAUUCACACUGGAGAGAAACCCUACAAAUGUGAAGACUGUGGCAAAGCUUUUAAUCGAUCCUCAAACCUUACUAAACAUAAGAUAAUUCAUACUGGAGAGAAACCUUACAAAUGUGAAGAAUGUGGCAAAGCUUUUAAUCGGUCCUCAAUCCUUACUACACAUAAGANUAAACAUAAGAUAAUUCAUACUGGAGAGAAACCUUACAAAUGUGAAGAAUGUGGCAAAGCUUUUAAUCGGUCCUCAAUCCUUACUACACAUAAGAAAAUUCACACUCAAGGGAAAUCCUACAAAUGUGAAGACUGUGGCAAAGCUUUUAACCGGUCCUCAAACCUUACUAAACAUAAGAUAAUUCAUACUGGAGAGAAACCUUACAAAUGUGAAGAAUGUGGGAAAGCUUUUAAUCGGUCCUCAAUCCUUACUACACACAAGAAAAUUACACUCGAGGGAAACCCUACAAAUGUGAAGAAUGUGGCAAAGCUUUUAACCGGUCCUCAAACCUUACUAAACAUAAGAUAAUUCACACUGGAGAGA